UCAGUAAGAUAUGGAGUUUGCGGUGGAAGAGAAGAGAAAAGCUGUUGAAAACUUGCCGGCUGAUAGAAAUGUUACUGAAGAAGAGUUUUGUAAUUUUAUGCAAAGGGUUACUGAAGUUGAAAAUAUUGUUAAGAAAUUAAGUUCCGCUGAUGUAAAAGAACAGGAAGAAGCGAAAGUUUUAGCGGAUUUAAUAUUGGAAGGAAAAAAAGAUUUUAAAUGCGAUCCUGAUGUUAGGAACGAGCGUGCUGACACCUUCAAGAGAAUCGGAAACGGAGCUUUUGGAGUAGGAGAUUUCGCAAAAGCUGUAACUUACUACGGAAAAGCGCUGGAACAGCGCAAAGACAGCGCUGUUAUCUGGAACAACCGCGCGCUCUCGUACAUGCGGCUUGGGUUGUACGAAAAAGCCCUCCAGGACUGCGAGUGGGCGCUCAAGGUCAAUGACUCGAACAUAAAAGCUCUGCUGAAUAGCGCCAAGUGCUACGCUUAUCUAGGAAAUGAAGAAAAACGCGAUGAGUUUAUUAGACUGGCCAAGGAACGGGUUCCUAAAUUUUCUAAAUACAUUCAAGAUUUCGAAGAAACUCUCAAGGCAAAUCCUAAUGAUAGUGAAGAAAUAAUUAUUUAA